AUGGGUAAUGUUCCAGGGAAGAUAGAUCAAGAAGACGGUUUUAAUGACGCAAGACCGAAUUUAUCAAAUAACACUACGUCAUCUGAUUCCGCCGCCAAACAAUAUGAAGGCGAAGUAUCUUCAAGGGUUAGAGCGAGGCGUACAACCUCUUUGGUCAAUAACAUUCUAAAUGGCAAUAAUUCUCGUCCAAGAGCUGGUUCAAACAUAUCCAGCACCAGUAGGAGAAAGACAUCAAGAGAAAAGGAGCUGGCUAAAGAGGCACAUGCCAAGCAAUUAGUUGUAAGGUGCAAUGAAACUGUAGAUGGCGGAUUUCUAGCUCCAUUUGGUUGCUAUUCCUUUGAGAAGUUAGACUAUGACACUACUGUCGUUAAAAAUUUAAUAAUCAAAAGGAAGUUAGCGCCGUUUUACACUCCGCUGCAGGAUUUCGAUGAAAGUUGGACUAGAGAUGAGUUGAUAAAAAUUGUUGACGGUUUACCAUUACAUGAUACGUUUGAUGAGAAUCUGGAGGAGUUUGAGGAUGUGCCGAUAGGUAAUUUGAGGAAGUCAGCAUACAAUGAAUUAAUAGACAAAUCUUUAUCCAAAAAGGAACAAAGGAGAAUGCAUGCGAAGAUAUUCAGGGCAAGACUGUAUAAGAAAAGAAUUUUAUGGCAAGAAAAUGAGAAUGAGUCAUUCUUGGAGAAAAAAUUGGAAAUGAGAGAACUUGGCAACAAGGCCAUUAACCUUAAAGAUAGUCAAAAUAGCCAGGCAAAGAAAAAUUGUCAUUUUCCAAGCGAUGAUUUGAAGUAUACACUUUACAGAAAUGGUUCAGAGUGUCCCAUUUGUUUUCUUUAUUUCGCGGCCCCCUUCAAUUAUUCGAAAUGUUGUCAACAGCCUAUCUGCACUGAAUGCUUUGUACAAAUUAAGAGGGCCGAUCCCCAUUUUCCUCAUGAUGAAGUGGAUCCUACUGAACCACCAACGAACGACAAUGAAAAGGACCCCAACCUUCUCACUUCUGAACCAGCAAAUUGUCCGUAUUGUGCGACUGCCAACUUUAGCAUCACCUAUCAACCACCCACAGAUCGUGAAACUGGCAUCGGCGGGAUGCCUCCUGAUACCUACGUGUAUAAGGAGUGUAUCACGGCAAAACCGGAUGCAAGUGAGCCGCACGUCUCUGUAAUUACUUCAGAUACUAUUCGUCCUGAUUGGGAAACUAAGUUGAAUAAAGAAAGGUCAAGAUUGAUGAGAAGAUCAGCAAAUGCUACCGCUAUACAUAUAAGCAAUAGACUAAUCGACCCCAAUCAUAGUUCAAGGAGAAAUACAAGCAACAGUGUAACACCCAUCCAAGAAGAAAGUACGUCGGCUUCAAGGUCACCGGAACCGACAAUAAACGAAAUUGAGGACCAAAUGGUUAGGGAAGCUAUCAGAUUGAGCCUUGAAGAUCAAGACAAUCGAAAGAAGUCAAAAAGUAGAAACGCCACUUUGCGACCAUAA